AUGCCUCAAAUUGUCGACACUGAAAAAAUCCAGGCAGAGUUGUUGGACGAAGUCGAUUCGGUUAAAAGUCAAUUGAAGAAGCUCGAAUCGCAGAUUUUCGAAUUCGAGGGGAGCUAUUUGAGGGAAACGCUAGCUUACGGAAACGCAGUAAAGGGCUGGUCUUCCGAGGGAUUCAAAAAAGCAGAAACCGACCAAGCUGCGAACAAGAAAACAGAAGUAAAGCCCAACGCUCGCGAUCGAAUCUUCUCCAGCUCCAGCGCAACGACUGAACAUUUAUUCAACUCCAGCCCAAAAUCAUAA